GAAUAUUAGAAUUCAGGAAAACACUAGUAAAUCGGUUUUAUUGAAGAAAAUCACGCCGUUACCUCAAUUCCUCCUCUUCAUCUCGUCUGUCUGUCUGUCUCCUCCGGCCAUCUUUUGUGCCGCUAGCCAACUCUCACGCCCGUUCACCUCUUCAGCGCGGGCAGUAAAGCCUUCUUCUGCGCACUCAACCUUCAUCUAUUCCUACAAUGCAACAGGCGGGAUCAUCGGCGUCGGAUACUGAGGUGACGUGGGAAGAUCAACAGAAUAUCAAUAAGUUUGGGAGAUUGAACAACCGCCUUCAUGAAGUGGAAGAUGAAGUCAAAAUUGCUAAGGAAACAAACGAAAGCCUCGAGGAUGCAGGCAAUGAGCUGAUCCUCACAGAUGAAGAGAUAGUUCGGUUCCAAAUAGGCGAGGUAUUUGCUCAUGUGCCAAAAGAGGAAGUUGAAAGCAGGAUCGAGGAGAUGACAGAGAAGACUAGCAAUAACUUGGUAAAACUAGAGGAGGAGAAAGAAUCAAUAAUUGCUCAGAUGGCUGCGUUGAAGAAAAUCUUAUAUGGAAAAUUCAAGGAUUCUAUCAACCUGGAGGAGGAUUAGAUCAAAAGCUACUAGAACUUGCACUUGUGAUUUGUACUUCGCCCGUCCCUCUGAAAUUCUCUCCUUUUAUGCAUUUGGUUUUUCGAAUUUCGCGGCAUUCUCAUAAGUUAGAAAUUAGAUGUUCACAUUAGUGACUGUUUAGUGGUUUCAAACUUUCAAUUGAAAUGAAGUGUCAUUGCCGUCGCUAA